AUGGAAUCCUACAAGGAGCUCACUUGCGAGUUCCUAGCUUCAAUGAGGUACCACAUGUAUGAGGAAGAAGAUAGAGCUGAUUUGGACCAAGGAUUGGGAUGGAUCACGUUCUUGGCUAAGGGAGAGAAGAGAAUGGUGACCUUUAGGCAGUUGGAGAUCUUGUUUGGGUUCAACUAUGGAGAGGGAACCAAGUGGAACUUCAAGGAAAAGGAACUCCAAAGGGUUUGGGCUACAAUCGCUGAUGGAGUGUACUCUUCCUCAAGGUCCAAGGCAGCUCAGAUCAGGAGCCCAGUCUUGAGAUAUGUGCACAAGGCACUUGCCAACACCUUCUUUGCAAGGAAGGCAACCGGGACAAUCAACGAGGGGGAACUCAAGUUUCUUGACAUGGGAAUCAAGCCCCUUCUCUCACGCACAAGCGAUGGCAAGAGGAUAAGGGGAGAUAGAUCUGACACAGGGAACUUGAUGCCUUUCCUUGACCACCUCCUCACCUACAAGAUCACAGCUUACAACACUAGGCACCAAAGAGGAAGAAAGCUUAGUAUUGGAGGGCUCAUCACACCUAUCUUGUGUGCUGCUGGAGUAAACCCAACUGAUAGGAGAGCUACUGAACCAGGUUGGAUGGACAUCAAGUUCUGCAAGACCAACCUCCUCAUUGAGCACAAGGAGUUGGAUGGGAGGUUCCAAUUCAAGUUCACACAUCCAUUGGUUGGACCCUCCAAGUUUCUCCUGCCUAACCCAGAGCUCACCACAGUUGUAAGGGGUCCAGGGAGCGCUGAUUUGGGUGAGCCUGAGUGCUACUACUUUGAGGAGUAUGAGGCUCCAAGGAUGAACCCCUCUGUUGUGGCUGCCCACAAGAGGAUUGGACUUCUCCAAAAGUUCAACAAAUGGCAAGGGAAAGCCAUUGAGAAGAUGCAAAAGUCCAUGGACAAGAUGGUGAGCAAGAUCAAAAGUUUGGAGAAGAAGGUUUCUGGUUCUUCAAGCAAGAAGAAGUCCAAGGCCCCCACAUUCCCUAGGAGUAGGUCACUCCUCACCACCCAAAGAAGGCUCCCUGCCCAAGAGCCUCACAGAGCCUCUUCUUUCGAGCCAAGAGAAGGAGAGGACAACACGCAGAGAAGGAGGAAGAGUUCCAAGGCCAGACGCUCCAGCUCGACCACCGGACUCGAUCGAGUCCAAACAGAGGAAACUCAACUCGAUCGAGCUGACGGUCGAGUUGACCUGGAGGAGCCCCUGUUUGAGACCCUGGGAUUCGAGUACGAUUCAACCCAGUACCAGGACUUCUCUCAGACCCUGGACUCCCUACAACCGCUUCGAGCGAGCACAACUCCACCAAGGCCAAGGAAGCCACACCCACUUUGA